ACUAAAAAAAAAAAGAAACAAUAUCUCUCUCUCUCUAAGUCUUUAUCUUAGUAUUUAAUUUCUCCAUCUUCCUUAUGAUCCCAUACAUACCCCAAAGUCCUUCUUCUUCUUCUUCGUCUCCUUGUCUAUAAUUAUUACUUCCACAAAUUGAAGCAGACGAAGAAGGAAUCAGAAGAAGCAAAAAAGUCUUUUUCUUUUUGAGGCUGGAAAUGGUGUUUGGUUGGAGAAGAGCGUUUUGCACUUCCGUUCCAAGUAAUCAAGAUAAACCUAAACAACAACCAUCAUCGUCAUUACACACUGAUCCUCCUAUUCCCACUCCAAGAUUCCGAUCAAAGUUUGGAUUUUUAUCCAACCCUUCAACUCCACGUCUCCGAUCUCGUGGUGCUGGCACCGGAUGCCGCUCCUCUGCUUCCACCGCUGUCACUAUCCCAUCUCUUCCAACUAGUCCAAGACUCCACUGCAGGACCACAAGCAAUGCUACUCCAAGGACAAGUAACAGCUCUAGUCCCAAGUUUUUCUCUAACCCUUCUUCUCCUAAAUCAUCAUCUUCUUCUUCUUCCUCUCACGGCGGCGUCUCUCUCCUCCGUGCCACGCUUCUUCUCAACAAGAGUAAUAGUAGCAGAUGUGGGAUUUGUUUGCAAAGAGUGAACUCAAACCAAACCAAUUCGACGGCGGCGAUUUUCACGGCUGAGUGUUCACAUUCCUUUCACCUCUCUUGUGCCGUUAGAUUAGAAGACAAGCGUUGUCCGUUUUGCUCCGCCGCGUGGAAUCACACGCCCAAGUCGAAUUCUACUACCGCUCUCACUAAUAACUUCGGAUCCGACCCGAAUAGACGACCCGAGAUCCGAGAAAUCAAGACAGGAAAAUCUCUGAGAGUUUACAACGACGAUGAGCCGUUAGCUUAUUCACCAGUUUCUCUUGCUCAGAUCAACACUAUUCAUGAAUCCGACGAAAACGACGACGUUGACGAUGACGAUGAAUUCCCCGGAUUCUUCGCCGAUUCUUCAGUUGCGCCUUCUUUGACUGAUCCGACUCCUUCAAUCUCCGGGAACCUGGAAGUCAGGUUGCAACCUGAAUCCGCAGUUGUGGAAACCGAGAAGAGGAAGGAGACACACGUCGUCGUUAUGAAACUGAAAGCUUCGACGUCGCCGUCUUCGAUCACAGACGCGAUGAAAGCACGAAGGCCGUCGAUAGAUUUGGUAACGGUUCUCGAUUUGAGCAACAACGGAGCUAAUUUGCAAACGGUGAAGCACGCAAUGCGAUCGGUGAUCUCUUUGCUCCGAGAGAUGGAUCGGUUAUCAAUCGUCGUUUUCUCGACAGGAUCAAAACGGUUAAUGCCGUUACGACGGAUGACGGCCAAAGGAAGAAGAUCAGCGCGGCGGAUGGUCGACGCACUCGUCGGAAUUGAAAGCACCGGCGGUGUAGGAAUGAGCGUUAACGAUGCGUUGAAAAAAGCGGUUAAAGUCGUUGAAGAUCGAAGGGAGAAGAAUCCAUCGGCGAGCAUCUUCGUUUUAUCGGACGGUCAGGAUCAACCGGAGGCUGUUUUGAAAGCCAAACUAAACUCAACGCGGGUGCCUUUCGUCGUUUCGACCACGCGCUUCUCUCGGCCGGAGAUCCCGGUGCAUUCCGUAUACAUCGCUUCUCCAGGAGCGUUGCAUCACGCGCCGCUUCGAGACGCGUUCACGGAGCGUAUAGCUUCGUUGCUCAACGUGGCUCUCCAUGACGUGAAGCUUAAUCUAGGAUUAGUCAACGGAUCACCUUUGACUGAGAUUUCAUCGGUUUACUCAACGACGGGUCGACCCGAGAGUUUCGGAUCCGGUUCGGUGGUGGUGGUCGGAGAUAUGUUCGCGGAGGAGGAGAGAGAGUUUCUCGUUGAGCUCAAAGUGCCGACUUCGUCGAGUGGUUCCCACCAUGUAAUGUCCGUACAGUCUACGAUCGUUGACCCCAUGACACAUCAGCCGAUGACGUGUCCAAAAGAGAAACGAUUUCUGAUCCCACGGCCAGAGUCGGUCAGAUUCGUAUCUUCGAGCAUCGAACGGCUGAGGAAUAUACACUCGGUGUGCCGCGCAGUAGCUGAUUCACGUAGACUUAUAGAGCGUGAAGAUUUAGCUGGAGCGUAUCAGGUUCUAACGACGGCUCGGUCCAACGUAACCCAUACGGAUGAUUGUUUAAGGAGCUUAGAGGCUGAGUUAGGUGAGCUGAGCCGGAUUAAACCGAGAAAUGGUAUAGUAAACCGAGCAGAAGAGAAACCGGAGCAGCUAACGCCGACUUCGGCUUGGAGAGCCGCAGAGAAGUUGGCAAAAGUGGCUAUCAUGAGGAAGCAUUUAAAUCGAGUCAGCGAUAUGCACGGCUUGGAAAAUGCCAGAUUUUAAAGUUUUUUUUUUUCUUUUUCUUUUCUAUAAUUCCAUUUCAAUGAUUUUUGAAUAUAUAUCUAUUUGGUAUAUAGAAUGAUAUUAAAAAAAAAGAACAAUAAUUAUAAGUAAAAAUAAUAGAGAAGUAUUAUGAUUUAGAAAAGGACAGGCUUCGUCCUUAGGUGCAUGAUAGCGACAAGCAGUAGCCGACGGGUGUGGCCUUUUGUUAUGCAGAGUGAGAUUGGGACCCCUGCCUACAUGAGAGAAUUAAUUGGUCUUUUUAGUUUUUUUUGUAUUUUAUCCUUUUCCUUUUUGUAAUCUUCAGAAAAUCCAAUUAUUAAUGACUGAAAAGCUAUAUAAAAAAAAAAGUUUUGU